AUUACUUGUAACUGUAAGCGUCAUGUUGUGUAUUGGCCGUUGUAGCUGAAGUGGGAAGUUUCUUUUUGUGCAUUUAUUUAUAAUUUUGUUAUAUGCAAAAGGUAUGCGGUGAAGCACAGAAUACGUCAGUAUUGUGACGUGGACGCUAUAUAGUAGGUAUACAGCAAUACAACAGUGCUUAAAAAUGUCUAAUACUGCGGCCACGUUUCACUGCUUGGAAGUAUUGGAAAAGGAAUUCGAUAAAGCGUUUGUUGACCUUGAUGUAUUGCUCGGGGAAGUAGAAUUUGACGAGAGCGAUGAGGUUAUAGUGGAGGCUCGUGAAAAGAUGAAUACUUUGAGUUCAUGUUUCUCUCAGCUUUGCCACAAAACACAAACUACAGCACAGACCAAUGCAAAACUGGAGGCAGAUGCAGUGAAUACUAAAACAGAGUUGAUUACUGCACAAGCAAAUUUUGAAGCAAGUAAGGUUGAAACUUCAAGCCUCGUCCGUCAACUACACACAUUACAACUUCAACUACACACGGCGACAUCGGCAGACGCAAAUUUUAACCCAAAAACUAUCACUGAUAAACUUGAUACUGAAUUAGAGGCAUUUCGUAUGAAUGCAAGAAAAGAAGCAAGGUAUUCAGAAGAAAUUAAUAAUCUGAAACAAGAUAACUACGCGAUAACCAAAAAAGUUGCAGCUUUGGAAAGCGAAUUAUAUGGCGCAAGAUUGGCUGCCAAGUAUUUGGAUAAAGAGCUGGCAGGAAGAAUACAGCAGAUCCAACUUCUUGGCAGGAACAUUAAACCUCCUAACUUUGAGAAGAUGUGGCAUCAAUUAGAGGCUGAAAUUCACCUACAUCGACACAAAACAGUUAUACGUGCAUGCAGAGGAGCCACUAAACAACCAAGCCAGCUUAAACAGCAGCAACCUGUUCCAGUCAGUAACCAUGGUGUUGGAGAAGUGAGGAAACUUACAAUUCAAAAAUCACAUGAAGAAGGAUUAGGCAUUUCCAUCACUGGCGGUCGUGAACAUGGAGUACCGAUUCUUGUUUCUGAAAUUCACGAAGGGGCAAUUGUAGAUAGGACAGGUGGUUUGUAUGUAGGGGAUGCUAUCCUAUCUGUAAAUGGGGUGGACCUACGCCAUGCUAAACAUCAAGAUGCUGUGGAUGCAUUAUCUCAACAGGUUGAAUCAGUAACCCUGGAAGCUGUGUAUGUCAAUCCUGAUGAUGGAACAGAGGAAGAUGAUGUCAGUUAUGGAGUAGAGGUUGCAGGAGAGAAUGAAAACUCUGUGGCAGAAAAUGCAGAGACUUCUGCAUCAGAUGUAAUCAAACACAUUGACACAGUUUUAGAUACUUCACAACAAUCAACCAAAAGUGAGGUUUUGAAUUCAAAUAAUGGAUCCAUAGCAGCAUCUGAUGUUAGUGAUGUGGCAUCCAUACGUGAUUAUACAACACCAUCAGUCCCUCCACCUUCAUCUGAAGCUGGAAGCAGAUAAUCAUCUUCCUUUUAAAUUGGUUUCUGUAACACCACCUUUGUAAUCCAUUGGGGUUAAAUAUGGCAGUCUAGAUUGUGCAAUAAUUGUACAACUACGCAAACAGUUUGAACUUCACAAAUGCUUUUAAGCGGUGCAGCAUAAAAAGCAUGCCGUAAGGUUCUUUAACAACUUUAUUUAUUAUGUAUUCUGCUUCCUGGUUAAUCUGUGCUGGAUGAUAAAACUUGUAUUUAUAUCGUUAUUUUUAAAGGUAUAUUUAAACUAUACAACCUAAGCUUUUUAUUUUUGUUUUCAUCAAUAGUGUACUGUAUGUAUAUGUGGAUGAACUUUUCUUUAAGUUAAACCAUACAUGGUUAUACCACAAGAAAGUAAUAUACGAAUAUCACCACCGAACAUAUGCUGUAGUGUAAGUUAUGCAUGGUUAUAUGCAAGAAUUACUUCAAUAUUUUAAGUAGAAAUAAACCUGUUCACAUAUACUA